GGGCACGGCGGCCUCUGCGCCCUGGCCCGGGAGCAGCGCGCCUCUGUAGUCGGAGAAACGGUUCGCGAAGCAGCGAGUGUUUUCCAUCACCGGUGAAAUGACUGGCCCGCGUCGACAGCCCAGAUAUGUGGCCCGCUCAAGUUCAUCGGCUUCGCCAGCAGAUGGCGACAGACGCUGGCAGCUCGGCGGGAUCUGUCCGUGGUGCUGAAGAGGACAUGGAGCGGCUCCAUCACUCGGUUUGACCUUUGUUUUGAGACUGAAACAAAACACACAAUUAUGUCUUACACAAAAAUGUAACUUGUUUACCUGUGAUAUAUCGACUGGAUGUAGGCGGUAAACGUAUUAAGCUGUGAGGCCUGAAAGAUGAUGAAAACUAUUUAAUGUGACUGCAGGCAUAGUGAAGGGAAACACCUAUCAGUUAGACAGUUAUAGUAGGAAUCAGCACAUAUUAUAUAUAUUAUAUUAUACUAUAUUAUAUUACCCAUCCAUCCAUUUGCUGGUGCCUAUUCCAGCUGUCUUUUGGCGAGAGGCAGGGUACACCCUGGGCAGGUCGCCAGUCCAUCACUUGCACACACAGACAGACAAACUAUCAUUCACACACACACACUCACACCUAUGGGCAAUUUAGAGUGACCAAUCAACCUAAUGCAUGGUUAAUCUGGACCGUGGGAGGGAGUCGGAGAACCUGGAGAGAACCCACGCGAAACACGAGGAGAACAUGCAAACUGUUAUAUUAUAUUAUAUUAUAUUAUAUUAUAUUAUAUUAUAUUAUAUUAUAUUAUAUUAUAUUAUAUUAUAUUAUAUUAUAUUAUAUUAUAUUAUAUUAUAUUAUAUUAAUUUAUUGAGGCUUCAUCAUAUCGGUUAUUGAUAACAAUGAUGAGUCUCCCAAACAGAACAUGUUUAUUGAAAUAUUCAACAGAAGAGUGGAAUCAUCAGACGCAGGUGCACAAAAAGAUGAAAAGAUGGCGAAUGUCCUGUUGGAAAAAGGAAACAUCCCGUAGUAUAAAAAUCAUUUUAAUCUUGUGGAAAUUCCCUUUUGUAAUGGCAAGUCAUGGAUUCGCUCCAAGAUGGAGGUGUACAUUUUUUUGUGUUAGAAAAUAAAAGAAAAUGUGAUCACAGGUUUCACCACAAGAAAGAAACGAUUGGACAAAACUCAAGAACAGAAAUAACCAGAAACAGGAACAUUCAAAAAAGACAGGGGAGUUGUAAUACAAAAUUCUAUACAUGCAAACCACAGAUAACAAAGCCCAGUACAUCGCUCUAAACUACAAACACAUCAAACACAGGAGUUCCACCUGAGGUAUCAGUUGAACUCAUUACCACUUUGUGCCAUUUCCAAGAUGAUUCAAGUGGUUAUCUGAGUUGAAAUAGUGUGUGAAAAGCUUUGACUGAUAUUUUCAUUUGAAAUUGUUUUUUUUUACCCAUUUAAAGAUAAAGAAAGUACAAAUGCCAUGGAGAUACAAAGCAAAUGUCAUCUCAUGAAUACAGAACUAAUUAAAUUUUUUACCACAUGUUUUCUUGAAAACUGAAAAGCCAUAUAAUGCAAAUUGAAUUGAAACUUUUCCCAAACCAGAAGACACAGACGCGGAGGAUAGUGGAACAAAGUGAUGAAGAGACCGUCUUGACAUCAAAGAACUGACGGAAAGUGAAAGAAUGACGUUGACCUCAGAGAUAUGAAAAACCUAUUCUUGGUCCAUCUAGCUUUUACUGUUUGUAAAUUCAAAUAAAAGCUUGAUUCACUUUGAUGAAGACUCAAACAAAUUGUGGAAAAUGAAUUAUACACAUACGUGUGUGUGGGGGAAACACAAGUCUGUUGCCAUUUUGUGCUUUGAUAACAUUUUAAACAAAUUUGCCUAAAGUUCUCAGAUUCCAGCUAAGAGGACCAUAUUUUCAUCUGUCUUAUCUACUGCGUCCAUACAAGAAAACUCCAUUUGCAUUUAUAUUAGGAAAUGAUUUGGGGCCCAAUUGGCAGCAUCUGAUGCGGCACGAAAUAACACCCCAUGUCUCCAUGAUACGGACACAUGGACGAAAGACAAUUUGAUUGUGGAAGUUCAAAAGUGCAUCAUACGAAGCAGAGCACACUCACCUCUCAAUGAAACAACAACAACACAGCAAACAGAAAAUGACAAAAUGAUCAGAGACACAAACCAGCAAAAAGACGCGUGUGAUCAAAUGAUCAAAGACAUUAAACUAGGAGGGAAAUUACUAAGUGAUGCAAAACAGGUAAAAAAGAAGAAAAAGACAUAAAAGAGCACAAAUAGAUCAAAAUCUCUGUUAAUGAGCAAUAACAAGGAAAUGAAGCGGACCCAAGGUCACAACAAACAAAGAGACACGUGUUUACAAAGAGACAACAACCAUAAAUCAUAAUAUUAAUCUUGGGCGAGUUGUGUCACAUGAUGCAAAUGAUGAAACUCCUCUGAAAGCGUGGGAACAGCUCAGAGGUGACGCUCGGCCUCUGUCCUCAUCAGCUGCCAGUGAAUGGACGACAGCCCAAACUCCCACCAGCCUCGUAAAGGAACCAUUAGAUCCAGAAUUAGGUCUAAAUGAGUUCAGCUCGUCUCUCAACGCUCAGGAUGUAGAUCUAGUUUUAGGGCGAAAGCGUGACGCACGCGCCACGCGUCUAUAAAUGCAGCCGCUCAGCGCGUCCGCCGCUGAGAGCCUCCGUCCUCUCCCACGCUGCCGUCAUGUCCGCGGAGGAGUCCUAUGAGGACAGCGGGGACGCGAACGCGUCCACGGGGCUCGUGGACCCCACGGGGGGUGAGCAUCAGUACAACAUCUGGCUCCCUGGAGUGGGCAUCGCCGCCGUGUACGGUCUGAUCAUCGCCGUGGGUCUGGUUGGAAAUGUGACUUUACUGAAGACGUGCGUGAUGGUGAAGUCCAUGCGGACGGUGCCCAACCUGUUCCUGUCCAGCUUGGCUGUGGGGGACCUGCUGCUGCUCGUCACCUGCGCGCCGGUGGACGCCAGCCGCUACCUGGUGGACGAGUGGCUGUUCGGACGCGUCGGGUGCAAACUGAUCCCGUUCAUCCAGCUGACGUCCGUCGGCGUCUCCGUGUUCACGCUCACCGCCCUCUCCGCCGACCGGUACAAAGCCAUCGUCACGCCGCUGGACGGCCACAGUGAGCCCCUCGGCGUCUGCUUACGGGCCGGCUCCAUCUGGCUGCUCUCCGUCACCCUGGCCGUCCCCGAGGCCGUCUUCUCCGACCUGCACACCUUCACCACCAGCCACAGCAACGAGACGUUCGUCACCUGCGCCCCGUACCCCCACGCCGGAGCCCUGCACCCCAGGAUCCACGCCACCGCCUCCUUCCUCGCCUUCUACGUCGUCCCGCUCUUCGUCAUAUCCGUCUACUACUGCUUCAUCGCCCGCAGCCUGGUCCGGAGCUCCGCCGACCCCCCCACGGAGGGACGCCCGCGCCUGCAGAAACAGUUCAAGGCCAGGCAGCGGCUGGCGAGGAGCGUGCUGGUGCUGGUGGGCCUGUUCGCCGUCUGCUGGCUGCCCAGCCACGUGCUCUACCUGUACCGCUGCUACCGCUACGGCCGCGUGGACACGUCGCUGGGCCACUUCGCCGCCAGCGUGUGCGCCCGCGUCCUGGCCUUCACCAACUCCUGCGUGAACCCGUUCGCCCUGUGCCUGAUGAGCAAGAGCUUCCGCCGGCACUUCCGGCAGCAGCUGCUGUGCUGCGCGGCUCCCGGGCCGCUGCGCAGCCAGAACAGCGUGAGCACCAACCUCAGCACCGUCUGAGGCAUCGCUGUAAAACGCACACACGCCGUGCAUGAAGGAGCUUUGUCAUGUUUAAUGAUCAUGGAUUCAUGGAGCCUCCUCUGAGAUUUGAGCGUUUCGUGUGUAUGAAAUGAUCAUUCAAGCAGCUACUUUACGUGUUUACACCUCAUAACCCUUUUAUCUGUGGCUCAGCGCCUGAUGGAAAUCUCACCUGGAGCAGGUGGUUGUGAGUGAAGGUGCUGUGGAGCUGAACUCUGCAGGGUCAAGUUCUGAGCAACUGCCCAGUUCAUGUGAAAAGACAAAGUCGCAGCUGGUUAGCGAACAGAUGUUGGCUGCAGCAAAGCCGCGGACGCUGCUGGUAAAGAAAAUGAAAAUGAGUCAUGAUUCAUUGUUUGUUUACUGGCUGGAGGUCUGUUUUCAUGCUCAUGGAGUUUGGCAACGAGCAGCUGCACAACAGCCAAGUUUUAAUCCUGCAAAAUGCAGAGCCGUAAGGCAAAUCUGCACACGCUGCCGUUUCAUUGUGUUCACACUAAAUAGUAUUAAUAAAAGUCAACAAACCUG